AUGGCCGACCUGCAAUCACGCCUAGCGCACCUCGACCUGUCGUCCCUCCAGCUCGUCGCCCUCGCCCUCACCGCCGCCGUCCUCGCCGUCGUCUACCACUACCGCGACGGCCGCGCGAUUGGCACUCGACCGCGUCCUGACCUCUUCCAGGUGCCGGGCAAGCGGUGGCCGCUCCUCGGCGACCUCCUCACCAUGGUCAAGCACCAGGACCGCGCCCUCGACCGCUUCCUCGAGGUCCGCCGCGCACACGGCCACGAGCUGGUCAAGGACCGCUCUCGCGCCGUCUCUAUGACGGUCCCGUUCCGCCGCAUGAUCGAGGUGUCGAGUCCCGACUACCUCGAGCACAUCCAGAAGACCAACUUCGCCAACUAUGUCAAGGGCCCUACGUUUUACCGCAACCUGUCGCCCGUCCUCGGCGACGGCAUUUUCUGCGUCGACGGUCCUGCUUGGCAGACGCAACGAAAGGCGACGUCCAAGAUCUUCACGGCCAACAACUUCAAGGGCAUCAUCACGGCGUCGCUCGAGCGCAACCUCAACACGCUCGUCACCAUCAUUGGGCGCCACGCCGACCGAGGCGAGACGUUCGACCUCGCCGACCUCUUCUUCCGCUUCACCCUCAACUCGUUCGCCGAGAUGGCCUUUGGGCGUGAUCUCGGCUCGCUGUCGACCGAGACGGACGAGCAGAUCCCGUUCGCCGUCGCGUUCGACGAGGCGCAGUGCAUUUCGAACGGCCGCUUCACCAACCCGCUCUGGCCCGUCCUCGAGUUCUUCAACGGCAACCGGUCCCGCAUGGCCGAGCUUACCAAGAUCAUGGACACGUUCGCGUACAACGUCAUCGACGAGCGCGAGCGCGAGGGCUUGGGCAACUUUACCGGCGCCGACAAGAAGGAAGCCGGCGAGAAGGACCUUCUGAGCCUGUACAUGGCCCUGCGCGACGACAACGGGGCGCCAUUAACGCGCAAGAUGCUUCGCGACGCCAUCUUCAACCUCAUCAUCGCCGGCCGCGACACGACGGCGCAGGCCCUCUCGUGGACUUUCUUCCACCUCAUGCGCGAGCCUCAGCACAUCGCCGCUCUGCGCAACGAGAUCGACUCGCUCGGCUCGGUCGACUACGAGACGUUCAAGAACCUGCGCACGACGACGGCCAUUUUCCAGGAGGGCCUGCGCCUCCACCCGAGUGUGCCAAAGAACGUGUGGCAGGCGCUCGACGACGACGUGCUGCCGAACGGCGGACCUCGGAUCGAGAAGGGCGACAGCGUCUUCUGGUCUGACUGGGCAAUGGCUCGCGACCAGGCCGUCUGGGGCCCGGACGCGGCAGAGUUCAAGCCGGAACGGUGGCUCGACGGCGAGGGCUCGCUCAAGCGCGAGAGCCAGUUCAAGUUCCACGCGUUCAACGCCGGGUACCGCGUUUGCCUCGGUCAGAACCUCGCCCUGUACGAGGGUACCGCCGUCCUCGCCGACCUGUUCCGCGCGUUCGACUUCCAGUUCGCGCCCGGCUACCUCGAGAACGUCAAGAUGGCCGACACGGACCCGACGCCGAUGUACAAGGGUGCAUUGACGCUGUCGAUGGCCGAGCCUCUCAGGAUGACGGCGACGAGGCGCACGACGGCAUGA